AUGAAGCACCGGGUGAAGGUGAACACAAGAUCAUGGAAUACAUUCGACCACCGAGAGCCUGAUUAUAACCCGAACGUGCGGCAUUGUUUGUACGGUCCUGAUGCCGAUCUCAUCAUGCUUAGCCCUCUGAGUCAUGAUCCACACUUCUGUCUCUUGCGAGAGCAAGUAAAGUUCGGGCCUGCCGCGAAGAGGAAGGGUAACGUCAGGUAUUUCGUAGUUUUUGUGCUAGGCAGAUUAACUGAACGCCGGCGCAAGUCUGGAGAACCUCGACUUCUACCUUCUACAUCUCUCGCUAAUGCCCUAGAGCGAGUCAUCGAUGACUUCAUUCUCCUGGCCGUCUUCGUCGGAAACGAUUUUCUACCUAAUCUUCCAGAUUUACACAUCCACGAGAACGGACCGGAACGCCUGUUUGAUGCGUACAAGAAAGUUUUCCCGUCGCUGGAUAAAACGAGGGUCGUCCUGAACGAAACUACUAUAUGGGAGCGAGAGAUCUUUGAGAAAGAAUACGCGGACUCGAAUUGGUUCAAGGGAAAGCGGAGCAAACGCGUCCAAGAAAUGAAACUUGUGCGCAAGCGUGUCAAGCUUGUUCUUACACGCUUUCAACGAGACAUUUUCGAUCAAGUACAGCAGUUUGUCUUGCAAAAUCGUCAGAGUACCGAACUGCAGCACUGGAACAACAUCGCCGGGAAUGCAAACUUUUCAACUGUAUCUUCUCAACGUCAAACAUGCGACGACUCCACGUAUACGGUACCCUCGCGUCCAAACUUCCCCGCCUAUCGUUGUCCUCCCAUGGCUACCUCGCUGCGCCGGAUGUCGAAUUGUUGGGGCCAUCAACGUCAUGGGUUAGAGCUUAGGUUUGAGACCGCCCAAAGUCGACAUGAUCAUCCUUUGAACAGAUCCACUCGUUCUGAUGCGACCGACCCCAUAUAUCCGAAGGCGAUCAUUCAAGACUGCGAGAUUGUCGAGGCUCCACUAGACUUGACGCUUGGCGAUUGGGACUGGUUGACAGGUAUGUCGCUUGAGGCUAUAUUCUACACAGCCGCGCCGAACUCGGAACAGUUUGGUCGACAGCUCAUCGACAACAUGAAAAUCGUUGAUCACGUUCAAUCAGUGACGCUCUCCACAACGUCUGCAAAAUGCGUGGUCAUCACAACGAUUUACAAACCCCGCUAA